AUGGCAGGAAAUGGAAUAAAGAGACGAAGGAGGAGGAUACAACUAAGCAAGCUAUACACACUAACAUGCGCUCAAGCAUGUUUCAAGCAAGACCAUUCGCAAAUCGGAGGACCCGGUUACUCUCGGGUCGUGUUCUGCAACGAACCGGAUUCACCUGAAGCUGAUUCAAGAAACUAUUGUGACAACUACGUGAGGACCACUAAGUACACUCUCGCCACUUUCUUGCCCAAAUCACUGUUUGAGCAAUUCAGGAGAGUCGCUAAUUUCUACUUCUUGGUCACUGGGAUCUUGUCUUUCACUGCUCUUGCUCCUUAUACCGCUGCGAGCGCCAUUGUUCCUCUCCUUUUCGUUAUUGGUGCUACCAUGGUUAAAGAAGGUGUUGAAGAUUGGCGCCGCAAAAAGCAGGAUAUUGAAGUGAAUAAUAGGAAAGUUAAAGUGCAUAGAGGAGAUGGGAAUUUCGAUUCAAAGGAGUGGAAGACAUUAAGCGUUGGAGAUCUAGUGAAGGUAGAGAAGAACGAGUUUUUUCCAGCGGAUCUUGUGUUGCUCUCUUCUAGCUAUGAAGAUGCUAUUUGCUAUGUAGAGACGAUGAACCUCGACGGUGAGACAAAUCUGAAAGUUAAACAAGGACUAGAAGUAACUUCUUCCUUGCGCGAAGAGCUUAACUUCAAAGGGUUUGAGGCUUUUGUCAAAUGCGAGGAUCCAAACGCUAACUUGUAUUCCUUUGUUGGAACCAUGGAGCUGAAAGGAGCCAAAUACCCUCUCUCGCCUCAACAGCUUCUUCUAAGAGACUCAAAGCUCAGGAACACUGAUUUCAUCUUUGGCGCUGUUAUCUUCACCGGUCAUGACACAAAGGUUAUACAAAACUCAACAGAUCCUCCAUCUAAGAGAAGCAUGAUUGAGAAGAAGAUGGAUAAGAUCAUCUACUUAAUGUUCUUCAUGGUUGUUGCUAUGGCGUUUCUUGGUUCUGUCAUCUUUGGAGUUACAACAAGAAAUGAUUUCAAGGAUGGUGUGAUGAAAAGAUGGUACUUGAGACCAGAUAGCUCCAGUAUCUUCUUCGACCCGAAAAGAGCUCCCGUGGCUGCGGUCUAUCACUUUCUAACUGCGGUUAUGCUGUACAGUUACUUUAUUCCUAUAUCUUUAUAUGUCUCAAUAGAGAUUGUGAAAGUCCUUCAGAGCAUCUUCAUCAAUCAGGAUAUCCACAUGUACUAUGAAGAAGCUGACAAGCCAGCUCGUGCUCGUACCUCUAACCUGAAUGAAGAACUUGGGCAAGUGGAUACUAUUCUCUCAGACAAGACGGGAACAUUGACUUGUAACUCCAUGGAGUUCAUCAAGUGUUCUGUUGCGGGGACAGCUUAUGGUCGUGGUGUUACAGAGGUGGAGAUGGCUAUGGGAAGAAGAAAAGGCCGUCCUUUGGUGUUGUUGAGCAAUUUCAAUGAUGUGGAAUACAGUAAGGAGUCAAUUGCUGAAGAAGCGACGGUGAAAGGGUUCAACUUUAGAGAUGAAAGGAUAAUGAAUGGCAACUGGGUCACUGAAACUCAUGCUGAUGUUAUUCAGAAGUUUUUCAGAUUACUCGCGGUAUGCCAUACAGUGAUACCUGAAGUGGAUGAAGACACAGAGAAGAUCUCUUACGAGGCUGAGUCGCCCGAUGAAGCAGCAUUUGUUAUUGCAGCAAGGGAGCUUGGGUUUGAAUUUUUUAACAGAACUCAAACUACCAUAUCUGUAAGGGAGCUUGAUCUUGUGACUGGCAAACGAGUUGAGAGGUUGUACAAAGUCCUGAACGUUCUUGAGUUCAACAGCACGAGGAAACGAAUGUCAGUGAUAGUGCAGGAUGAAGAUGGAAAACUCUUACUACUUUGUAAAGGAGCAGAUAAUGUCAUGUUUGAAAGACUUUCCAAGAAUGGUAGAGAGUUUGAAGAGGAAACAAGGGACCAUGUGAACGAGUACGCUGAUGCAGGCCUGAGAACUUUGAUACUUGCAUACCGUGAACUCGAUGAGAAUGAAUACAAAGUUUUCAAUGAAAGAAUAAGUGAAGCCAAGAGUUCGGUCAGUGCAGAUCGAGAAUCGUUGAUAGAGGAAGUCACAGAGAAGGUUGAGAAAGACCUGAUUCUUCUUGGAGCUACUGCUGUUGAAGAUAAACUUCAAAAUGGAAUCAUAAUCAACUUGGAAACCCCUGAAAUCCAUUUACUGGAAAAAACCGGAGAAAAAGAUGCCAUUGCAAAGGCAUCAAAGGAGAAUGUCUUGGCGCAGAUAAUUAAUGGAAAGGCUCAGCUAAAGUAUUCUGGUGGGAACUCUGAUGCUUUUGCUCUGAUCAUUGAUGGCAAAUCUCUUGCUUACGCGUUGGAUGAUGAUAUAAAGCACAUCUUCCUAGAGCUAGCCGUUGGUUGUGCUUCUGUCAUUUGUUGCCGUUCAUCACCAAAACAGAAAGCUCUGGUGACAAGACUAGUAAAAUCUGGAAAUGGUAAAACUACAUUAGCAAUUGGUGAUGGCGCGAAUGAUGUUGGAAUGCUUCAGGAAGCAGAUAUAGGCAUUGGGAUUAGUGGCGUGGAAGGCAUGCAGGCUGUAAUGUCCAGCGACAUUGCGAUUGCUCAAUUCAGAUAUCUUGAACGGUUGUUACUAGUCCAUGGACACUGGUGUUACAGGCGGAUCUCGACAAUGAUUUGCUACUUCUUCUACAAGAACAUUACAUUUGGUUUCACUCUCUUCUUAUAUGAAGCAUACACAACAUUCUCAGCGACACCUGCUUACAACGACUGGUUUCUAUCUCUUUACAAUGUCUUCUUCUCGUCCCUUCCUGUUAUUGCUCUCGGUGUCUUCGACCAAGAUGUAUCUGCACGGUUUUGUCUCAAGUUUCCACUCUUAUACCAAGAAGGUGUGCAGAAUGUUCUCUUCAGCUGGAAAAGGAUACUUGGAUGGAUGUUCAACGGAUUCUACAGUGCAGUAAUCAUUUUCUACCUCUGCAAAAGCUCUCUCCAAACUCAAGCUUUCAACAACGAAGGAAAAACCGCGGGAAGAGAGAUCUUAGGCAGCACAAUGUACACAUGUAUCGUCUGGGUUGUGAAUUUGCAGAUGGCAUUGGCUAUAAGUUACUUCACACUGAUCCAGCACAUUGUCAUAUGGAUCUCUAUCCUUGUUUGGUACUUCUUCAUCGCGGUCUACGGAGAGCUUCCAUCAAGAAUAUCAACCGGUGCAUACAGAGUCUUUGUUGAAGCUCUGGCUCCAUCACUUUCUUACUGGGUCGUUACUCUCCUUGUGGCUGUAUCUACGUUGAUGCCAUACUUCAUCUACUCUGCUGUACAAAUGAGGUUUUUUCCAAUGUACCAUGGGAUGAUACAGUGGCUAAGGUACGAGGGUCAGUGUAACGACCCUGAGUACUGUGACAUGGUGAGGCAAAGAUCUAUAAGGCCUACGACAGUUGGGUUCACCGCAAGAUUAGAAGCUAAGAAGAGAUCAGUGAGGAGAUCUGAGCCUGAAUCAUGA